ACGAGGCAGAAGAUGCUUCAACAACUCCUUGUGAGAAACAUGACUCGUUUUAAGAAAAGGAAAAAAAGUUGGGUGUCAUGGUCGGAGCUGACUGACUCCGGAAGAUGGCGGUAUUGUAACUAGUUGGAUGCCGGAGGCUGCCACGAAACACCAUAGAAGAAGAAGAACCCGGAUGUUCGGAAUAAUAAGAGCAUAAGAGGAAAGGAAAUGAUUGUACCAUUUUAUUAGCAGUAGCUUCUUCUUUUUUUUUUUAAAUCAAGCCUUAAACUCCAUGUUUGUUUCCAGACGAUGUCGACAUCGAAAGCAGAUCCCACCGUGCCCCUCCGGUUUGUGUACACCAACCAGGACUUUGUCACAGACGUGUGUCGGAGCAGUGGAAACGGCCCCUCGCCGCCAGCAAAGUUCGACGCGGACGUCCAAGCCGGCUGGACUGACAGGAUGGCGAGGGGACUAUUUCGCUACAAUCUGGGUUAUUUACAGACGCGCAUCCUGCCGGGGUCACGCGGCUACGUGGCCCAGUUGAAUAUUCAAAGGGGAGCGGAGAAGCGAAAGCCUCAGGAGAUACUGAGCAUUAAGCAGGAGUUCAACGCCGCACAGUUUAAUUUCAACAAAAUCAACCCGGAGGAAAUCAUAUUUGAGAUGGUAAAUGACACAGAGGGAGACACAGCUUCGCCUGGCAGUGGACGGCGGCAACAGCCCAGUAGGAUGGUCGUGCUGGUCAACGUCAGUCCUUUAGAAUUUGGACAUUGUCUCUUUGUUCCAGAUCCAUCACGUUGUUUACCGCAGGUUCUGACACAGUUUACCAUCCAGGCGGGUAUUGAGUCUGUGCUCCUGAGCUCCGACACCGGCUUCCGCGUGGGUUUCAACAGUCUAGGAGCCUUUGCGUCCGUCAAUCAUUUACACCUACAUGGCUAUUACAUGGACCACGAGCUCAAGAUAGAGUCUGUGCGGGGCAAGCCGCUGGUUCCUGAAAAGGGUUUUUAUCGCCUGUUGGACUUUCCUGUGGGCUUCUUGUUUUACACAGAAUCAGAGGAGGUGGAGGAAGUUGCCAGAGCCAUUUGUGAAGUGACGGACUUUCUCGUGGAUGGUAACAUUGCUCACAACUUGUUCUUGACUAGAGGAUGUUCGCCCUUUGAGCACACGCAGGACAAAAAGAAUCCCGGCUGUUCGAGAAAAGGCGUUCGUAUUUGCGUAUGGCCCAGAAAGUCCUGCUUCGGUGCCAAAGAGGAUUCUGCUUUCAACGUUGCUCUUUGUGAGCUGGCCGGACAUUUACCAUUUAAGAACAAGAAGGACUAUGAGCUCAGUACCGAAAAAGAUGUGAUGGAUGUCAUACAGAAGUAUGUUCUGCCUGAUGGGGAGAUUCACAGCUUGGAACAGCAGCUCACUCGUCUUUUAAUGGAUUUUUGAUGUUAUGGAGGCCUUGUGGAAUCUUGUGCUUUAGCUACGGAUCAACUGGAUUGGAUGCAUUAUAUAUAUUUCACAGUUUUCAUUGAUCCAGGUGUUUGGUGACAUUGAUUAUGAAAAUAAUAAUAAUACAAAUAUUGGAUUUAUUACAUUUUUGAAUUGAUGUGAUUUCACGAUCUAAUAAAAUAAAAUCCCAAAACAGCUUAUCUAAAAACACAAGCGUUGCGUUUUUGAGUGUUUAUAAAUUCAUAGCUAAUAGCUAAUUCACAUUCAUAACUUCUAUGUCAUGAAUGUGAAAACAAGUUAUUGACCUCUUCAACAACACACUUUGGUUGGUCAAAGCAGGAGAAGCGCAGGUAUGAAAACAUGACUACUGACAGUUUCAAACUUUAACCACCUUGUUCAUACUGUCUGACUGUCGUGACUAACUUAUACUUGUGUUGUUCUUCUUAAGACGGAUCAGAAUAUCUGCUUUGAAGAUGCUGCCAUGUAUUUAUUAUUGAAGAUUCAUGUUUCCAAGGCCAGGAUAAUGAAGAACAGCUCAGUCUAAAAGCCGCUUUGGUCCGGAAAAUCACAUGAUCAACGCACCAGCAGAAUCAGACACGUUCACAACAACAGGAACAUUUUCCAGAAAAUUUCGGUGGCGCCUGUACAGAGUAUGCAGAAGGGAGGACAUGACAAUAAUUCCACUGCGGAAAGCACUUUGUGUGUUUGCAUACAGUCAUGAACACGCCCCACUCACUGUGAGGAAACUGAUUUUUCUGAUGUUGUAUGUAGCAAUAUUUGUGUGGACAUUUGCAUUCUCACAUACAGCCCUCUGGAAAAUUUCCGAACAUCAGUGCAUGUCUGAAAUCAGCUCAAAGGGGCUGUAAUCGAUUUUGGAAAAAUGGACAAAAUUGAAACAAGGGUGAGAUAAUUUGACAGACGCAUGUUAACUGAUGAUGCUGACAAGGGACAAGGAAAACGCUUAAUAAUCUCCAUAAUCAUAUGAUUUUGUUUUUGUUUUUUUUCUUAAAUAUUUAUACUGUCUUCUGUUCACCGUUCACUUAAUUUUCACCAUUAUGAAAAUUUACUGCUAAUUCCUGUUGGCGUGUGUUAAUGUUGUUGAUGUGUCGUUCACUCACAUACUACUAUUAACACACACACGCACAUGUUGCACUAAUGAAACGAUGCUUACAAACGUCUCCUCUGACGGCGGUUGUCGAAUCAAGCAGGAUCAUUUUGUACGCAGUAUCCCUGAAGGGCACAUCAUCUGCCACAGUUACGUCACCAAGGUAGCGGUGCUAAGCCAAGCGGUGAGAUCGAUGAGCACAGAUGCGCGCUCACUCAUUUUGCAUAGGUGAGUACAAAACCAGUGCAUUGAUCUUUUUGUUUAGCAGAUGAUGAUGAUGAAGUUUGUUUUUCUUCCCCAGUGAGACAUUGAUUCCACAAUGUUUUUUCUCAUGUCAUUAUCCUUUGAUUAUGUGGCACAUCAGAUAUUUGACGAGUAGAGCACAAAAAUGCAUACCCUGUCUACAUUACAAAUAUAUGAAUAUACAUGUAUGAUCACUGAAGAUCGUUCCUGGGCCUGGACUCUCCUAGAAAACACAGCGUCUUCCCCACUUUCUGCAUAGACUGAAGAAAGUGAGCCUGCCUCCAUCCAUCCAUCCGCGCUGUGUUCUGUGAUGUGGGAACUGCAAGACUGACUGUAAGAUCAAACAGAAAAAAAACAUGCACAACAGAUGAAACAAUUCAGUAAAGCACUGUGCUUUCACAAACGUAGGGAGGAAAAUGACAAUAUGCUGAAUCUGGGCAAUAAAAGCUUAAACUUGAAGCUAGAA